UGGGCCAAAGUGCACAUUGUUGAUAAAUUAUAAAGUGCUGGAGAAUCAAUCAGUGGAUAUUUCAUUUUCAGGAAGAAAAGUUUAAUAUAUUCAUCCAUCCCGUUUUUCUUUGUUAAAAAUGGCUUUGAAAGUCUUCUCGUUCCUGAUUCUGGUAGGAAUUGUAGCCUCCAGCAAGCCAGCAAUAGUUCAACAAGACUUAUGGGAACAAAUUGUGACAAUGCGUGGUUCUGCAAAUGUACUUGUAUCCUUCCCUCAGGAUACCGGCAUUCUGUCAAAAGUCGUAAACUCGUUGUCGCCAAAGGUGGAACGAUCCACAAAGAUUUCAGCCAUAAAAAGUGCACUCGAAGCGUCAGCAUCCCAGAGUCAGGAGCGGGUAACAUCUUUUCUGGAGAAAACGGGAGUUAUUUCUUACUCAUCCCUUUGGAUUUCUAACCAAAUCUACAUUCGCGACUUGAAAGCAGAUUUACUUUAUGAAUUGCUCCAAUUUGAAGAAAUUACCAAGAUUUCUUUAGAACGGAUGCAUAACACGUUCAAUCCCGUAGGAGCAGCAGGCCCACUCUCAUCAACACAGAAUAGAGAAGUUAAGGCUGAAUGGGGGAUUUACAAGAUUGAGGCGGAAGCUGCUAAUCAAUUACUGCGAAACGUAUCUGGUGGGACCCUUCCUGAAAUUCGAGUUGGUAUUCUUGGGACAGGAGCCCACGCCACCCAUGAAGCAAUUCGAGACUCGUUUCUCGGUCCUUACGGAUGGUAUGAUCCUCAUGGCGUGUACGACCCACCGGUUGACGUCGUAGGGGUCGGCACGCAUGAAAUUGGAGUGAUUGCUGGGAGCAAUGGCGUUGGCGUUUUUCCUUCUGCAAAAUGGAUGGCAUGUCGUGCUUGCGCAGAUUUCUUUUGUGGAGAUUACGCUAUUCUUCGUUGCGCUGAGGUUUUUACUUGUCCACUUUAUCCUAAUGAUACGCUACCCGAUUGCUCAAAAGCACCACAUGUUGUUCAUGGAGAUGUCUGGACAGGCCCAGGAGACGAUUGGUUUGACAGAUCCCUCGAAAUUUGGGAGGCAGCCGGAAUAAUUCCUGUCUGGCCGUUGGGAGGAGGAGGGCCUGCUUGCUCUUCGGCUCGCUAUCCAUCAGAAUCUGCAAAGGUGAUCGCAGUUAGUGGGACAACGCCGGAAGAUGUUUGGUACGAGCGGAGCAGUGCAGGACCUUCCAUGACCUCUGGACGAAUGAAACCUGAAAUGGUCGCCCCAGCCACAAAUAUUUUGUCUGCGUAUAAUCUUGACGAUACUACACUCAUUCCACUGUCAGCAACUAGUUGUGCCUCCGCCCACGUGGCUGGCGUCGUUGCAAUUUUGAAAGCCUAUGAUCCAAACCUGUCCUUCACUCAGAUUUUGAUCGCUUUGGCGCGUGGGGCGCAGAGGGAAGGGCUUGGUCUGUCUGUUGACGACCUCGUUUGUGGUGGAAUCCCGGUUACGACGUUUCCAAAUAACAUUUUUGGAUUUGGUAGAUUGAACGCCCUGGGAUCGUUAAAUUAUAUUAUCAAACACUUCUAAACGUUUAUUAUUGUAUUCAACUGACAAAUUAUUUCCGAGAAAAUUAAAUUCGUGAAUUUAAUCAGUGAUUAAUAAUCA